AUGUCACUCAAUGGGCUAAAUACAGGCCAUGAGUCCACACAGGACAGGUCAUUCUCAUCAAAAUUGGACCAGCCUUCUGUGGAUCAAGUUCUAUCAGACCUACCUGAUAUAUCCAGCUCGCUUCCUGUUCAGGACACCACAGUGGAUUCGCAAGAUCAAGAAGCUAUGUUUCAGGCCUUGAAAAAGAUCAUUGAGCAGGCCGAGCCGACGAGUGAGGUUGCUAACAGCUUUGACCUGAAAGAGCUUCAUGCUUCCUUGGGUCAGGCAGAGGAGGAGGCACGUCUGGGCCGACGAGAUGCCACGACAUUAGAAAGUGUGCAUACAACUCUGCAGCAACUAUGGUCAUGCAAUUCAAAUCUCAUGGCUCAAGCGGCCGAUGUUCUGGCUAAUGGGAGUCGAGACCCAUCAUGGAGAGCUCCAAUCGGCCAGUCUGGAAUCCUCAAGUUCUUUCUGGAUGUGAUUUCUUCCAAGCAGGAGCUUGACCGGGGAUUGUUAUUGCAUUCCUUGCGUUUGAUUGGCAACUCCUGUGCCGACACUGAUGAGAAUAGGGAGAUCGUCGUAAAGGAGAAUUACACUCUUGCUAUAAUCCGGCACUUCCUCAAUCCGGACUUGAUUAUGGUGGCUAUUCCUGUGAUCUAUAACAUCUGCAUGGAUUAUGAGCCUGCGCAUACCCAGAUGGCGGAAAAUCGGUCCGCAUAUAUCAUAUUGAGAUUACUUAGAGAUGGCGUUAUUGGAGACAAUGAGGCUCUACUAGGCUUCUCAUAUGACCUGGUCGAACUAGCCUCCGAGCAAGCACAAGGCGUUGAAAACUCACCCGAUGGAACGAUUUUGCUCCUUAUGGAGCUUGCUUUGAACGAAGAUAUAGCCUUUGGGCACUACGCGUCCCUGGUGAACUGUCUAUCCGCUUAUCUGGAAAAGGAGCGAUUCCAGAAUGCUUGCAUCUCCAACAAAAUGGUGGAGAUGUUGCUUUCUGUUCUGCACCGAUCCAUUUCCAUCGAAAUUGACAACACUUCCAAGGAAGAUGUUCAAGCUCUGGCCCAGUCGCGACUGAAGACUAACCAGGCGUUGUCUGAUGUCUCGGCCUCCCCGCUGUUUGCAGAACACUACCCCCUCGAUUCCACCCUAUCGCAGACGCUCAAAUCGUGGAUUGUGGCCGACGAAGAUCAGCUUCAGAUCUGUGCUUGUGUGAUGCUGGGAAAUCUGGCUCGAUCUGAUGAGGUCUGUCGAGUGAUGGUGCGGGACUUGAAGAUCCACGAGGAACUCAUCGCUGUUCUAAACAGUGAUGCCCGGGGAUCAGUUUUGCACUCUGCUCUAGGAUUCCUCAAGAACCUAGCCAUUGCUGGUGAUAAUCGUGUCAGCCUGGCCGAGGCUGGAAUUAUUCCCGCUGUAUCAAGCUUGUGGGCCUUUGAUUCUGUUCCACAGGUGCAGUUCUCAGCCGCAACGAUUGCCCGCCAGGUCAUCAUCUCGUCGAUGGAGAAUAUUGCCAGGUUGCUGUCCCCGCUGUCAGAUGACCCUGAUUCUCCGGCUCACCGAAGGACAUAUUUGUCAUUGCUUCUCGCUCUCUUUGAGAAGUCUGAUUCCGCACCAAUCAAGACUGAGAUUGGGCGUGCUAUCGCUUCAAUCUGCCGAACCCUCACCCCUAAGACCCGCGAAGGUGACGAACAAGCGAGCGCCUUGUUGGACACACUGUAUGACUUGCAUGAGGGUGUUGCCCGCCCAAUCGGUGCCAUGAUUACUCAGACUCAAUGGCCCGUUGUUCGAAGCGAAGGAUGGUUCGCGUUAGCCUUGAUGGCGAACAACAAAUCUGGUUGCAUGGCAGUGGCAGACUGCCUGCAGAACGAGGAAGUGUUGGAGCUACUGAAGAAGACCCUGAGCAACGAGUCCUCGGGCGAAGAUACCGAAGAAAAAGACCCGUCUCAGGUAAUUAAAGACCGAGAUAAUGUGUUUGUUCUUGUUCAAGAGUUGCUGAAGAACGAGUCUGGAGCACUCCCGGUCGGUUACCGCAACACCUUGGAGGAUUUGGUCAACGAACAUGCUUCGCAGUUGAAAAGCAACGCUACCUAA